UGCGUCGAUCUCAAACCCUAACGUGUGGUGCGCCUCCUCACAAAUACACACAGAAAGUUGAGAGGUGGUAGUAGCUGCUGCGGAAGCGUUCAGCAGCCAAUAGCUUUCGCAGCAGCAUCAACAACAAACCAACGAUUCAAAUUCAACCUCCUCAUUCAGAUGGCACAAUCUUUCUCACCAGCCAAACGCGCCCUUGCCUUUUCCCUUCACCGGCGAGGGUACGCAGUGGCGUCUGAUGCUUCUCCUUCGGUGAGAGGGGGAUUGGAUAGCAUUGGAAGCAGGAGUGCAAUCGAGAAGGGUGUGACAAAAAACAAUUCGGGCCCAUCGGGGGCCUCAUCAGCUUGGGCCCCGGACCCAGUGACGGGUUACUACAGGCCCAUCAAUCACACCAAUGAGAUUGACCCGGUGGAGCUUCGAAGGAUGCUGUUGAAACACAAAGUCAGAUCAUCAUCCUCCUCCUAGAGUGGCAAGGGGCACCAACACCCACACCUUAUUCCAUCAAAUCAAGUUUAUUUUGCUUUUCUUGUGUGGUUUUAUCUAUCUAUUUUUAUUUUAUUUUUCUGAAUCUAUCUAUCUUUUCAUAUCUAUCUACUAUCCUUGUCAAUUGUCAUACAUGAGCAGUGAACAAAGAAACAAAAUAGAUUUGGUUUUUGUUUGAUGGUUA